AUGCCCAUGAUCAAGUUUUUCACCAAGCAGAACAUCGCGAAUGCAGCGAAGAGCUACCUACGUGAGAAAGUUAUACUGGAGGGCCUUCAAACACUUUUCCAUUCCGAAUAUGUGUUGCUGGCCGAGUACAUCGAGUUCAUGGUUCCGAUACUGUACUCGUUGUAUCUUUCAGUGCUGUUUCACUUGCCGAUUGCAGUUUACUACUCGCACUCGGCGUCGAUGACGGUUGAUAAGUUGCAUGACACAGUGACCAACAUUCUCAUUUAUGCGGGGAUCGAGUUCACUUCGUUUGGCCGGGUUUUCACCUCUGUACCAGUUGGCAUUUGUGCUUGA